CAUUUUCAUUCCUCUCAACCUUUUUCUAACCUCUUUCGGGCGAACAAACACGGCCGGUGUUCCCGGGCCCAGGCCACAUGCGACGCCUGUGGCCGAUGCAUUUCCCAGACACACAUUAUAUCUAUCGCCAUGGUCAGCCGCCAACACUUCAAAUCUUUCCCUUUUCCUUCCUUGUCGAUCAAAUAUUCAACCAAGGCGCUAACGAGCCUCAACUCAAGUGACAGUUGACGCCAGCGACUGCCAUCCGGGUUAUCCCGCACUCUCUACGAAUCUCCCGCGGGCACGACACAUCGAGACCCAUCAUGUCUGGCAAUAUCGACUACAAGCACGACUUUGCCAGGUUCGACUGGAACUCUGACGCCUACCGCCCAUGCGGUGUGGUUGACAGAAUCACGUCAGGCCGCUCGGUCCUGCCCGUUUACAACGCUGUCGAUGGAAGAAUGCACAUGUUCUUUGGCGUCAAAAGUACCAGUUUUCCAGUGUCUUCCCGGGCACCAACACCUGCUGCCGUCAUGGACUUAGAUAGCUUAGGCCUCACGGUUCACGUCGACCACAUGGGCUGGCCUGGCCUUGUCGGCAACCAGCUAGAUGAUGUCUCGGCGACCCUCCAGGGCUUUUUCCAGCCUCAUGAUUCCGCCAUUGAAUCGACACCCUGCACCGAACCUGUCGCCUUCUCACCCGCUGCCCAGGGCGAGACGAUCGACGUGAAGCUGGUGAAGAUGCGCCAGAACAUGCCGUGGGGCAUGCGGGGGACCAUCCACUGGUCCGUCACCGUCCCCAGCUUUGGGAAUGCACGCGUCGAUCUCCAGGCGCAAGUCCCCGUCGAGUUCUACUUCGUCUCGUCGCCUGCCCUACCCUCGUUUCUCCAGCGCGGCAUCCCGGUCAAGCUGUGUCGGAAAUUUCUGCUGCCGCUCCGUCUGAUGGUCUCAGACCCCGACAUCAAGACCUUGGACGACGCAGCACUGUCAAGAUGGAUUUCCGAUAACGCAGACGGCUGGCUCACGUAUGUGACCGAAAAGCUGCACUUCCAGUCGUCCAUCUCCCACGACUCUUUCAACGACGGCAGCUGCCACUACUGGGACUCUAGUUCUAAGGACCGCCGCCUGUUCCUCGAUCAGUGGGCCGACGACUGUGAGGAAAAGGAGACGCAUGUCAUCAACUGCUACGACCUCGCCGCACUGAUGCAGGCCAUCCUGCCGCUGGGAAUGACACCCGUUGACAAGCAGUUCCAUAUGAAGUACAAAAACCCGUUUGGGUACAUCAACACUGCACACCUGAUAGGUCGUGAAUACACGAAUAACCCCUUGUGCGGGCCGCAGGGGGCCAACCCCCAAUGGAUCUGCGGCAUUGACGAUUACGAUCGCACCGGAUUCAACAGCCAUGUCUUCGUAACCAUGUACAGGGAAAUUGGCGGAGACCCGUACGUCCUCGACGCAACCACGCGGCCAGCCACCGGCCCCAACGCGGCAACGCAGACGCUUCGGAAGUACCUGGAACACUCCAUCGACGACGCCACCGCACUGUACAAGGUCAGCCCCGACGCCUGGGCCGCGUGGUGGAAAGAGAACAGACCAGAGGGAACAAUGGCACACCAACUUCAGAUGGGCAGCCAGGGGAGCCCGGAGAGCUGGAGCGGCGUCGGGUCCAUCGUGACGCAUCCCGAAAUCUACCGCGAGUCAACACCUGGCUCCGACGCCCCCGACUCCGACCUGAACAGCUUCGUUCUCGCCAUGUUCCCCGACCAGCAAGUCACCAGCCCCAACGUGACGGUCACCAACGACGGAGUGCGCAAGUCCUGGUGCGUCGCCGUCGGUGCUAACGGCGUCCUGACGCUGAAGGUAACAUCCUGCGCCGUGUCGUCGGUGCCGCCCAACCUGUUCGCCCGCGCCCAGGAGCACCUCAACCGGCUCGGCGUGCAGUCCACGAGCAACCCGGACCGUGUGCCGUGGAUCGCGGGCGCCUGGAAACAGUCGGCCGGGUUCGCCAGCGGGCCCAGAGUCGACAGCGCGCGCCGCCUGGCCUCGACGGACGCUGGCAGCGCCGUGCUGCUGUGGGCGCAGGGGUCGUUCUUUGUCGAGAUUGGCUGCACGUCGACGAGCGCCGCCGCCGACGCCGCGAGCAAGCUGCAGGCGUUCAUCAACCGCUUCCCCGCCCCCAACAGCCCCAGCCUCGACAUCCUGGUCGUCGGCUCCGCGCCCGUGGGCAGGACGUUUGACAUUGUGACGGACGGAUGGGACAAGAAUGACACCAUGUCCUGCAACGUCGAAGUGCACGGCAACAAAGCGCUGUUCCUCUCGUCGACUCAGUCGGGGUCUCGAGUCACGUUCACCUUCCUCGCCCGCGCUGCUGGCGAAGACACGGUUACGCUGUGCUCCUGGGGCAGAGGCUGGCUGCCGACCAUGUCGCCCGCGUUGCCCAUCGACAUAGCGCCCGCAGCAUAAGCCAAGGUAAGACACCUAGCCAAGGUAAGACAUCUAGCCAAGGCAAGGCAAGGCAUCUAGCCAGUUAGUCGUAACGGAAUAGGGCAUCGUUAGGGAGCCGUCAAAGUGCUGGAAGGAAUAUUAUAUCCUGCGUCGUACAGGAGGGAGAGCUGGAAGUGAUUUAAUUAUAUUUACGAGAGCAUUUAGGGUGAAAGGGGUACUUGUUGGUGGGAUCCUGGAGGAGUGAUGAUAGAAAAGACGGAGCCACAUCUAAGGUGG